AUUUUGCAGUUUUUCUAGGUACUGUCUGAAUAGUCUCCAGGCAGCGAAAAUGUUUUUCUAUGCGAAAUGCUGCAGGUAAUGUCGUAAGUGGUAGCAGGAACCACAUAGAGUAUCUAAGACCUAGAGCCACAAAUAAAAUAUAUGGGGUAAAAAGGAGAAAUGCAUACAAAAUGUGUGAAGCUGUUUGUCCAAUCAAUAUAGCAAGUGUUACAAUUCCAGCACGGCUGUCACUUUCCAGAUCUCUUGUAUUGUUGCUGUGUAAGAUAGCUUCUGUGUUUAACGCUAAUGGAAUUGCAUAAUAAAUCGUUCCCCAGUCGACAUGCCCUGUCUGGGACAUGAAGGAAAACAACACUGAUAUAGGUCCAAAUAUAAUGAGUAUUAUAACGUCACCUAAUGCGAUGUACUUCAAUCCUAUUCCACCAGUAUACAGAAAUGAACUAGAAAGUCCGCCAAAAUACACCAAAGCCAAGUGUUCCAUUUUUGCCGGUGAAACUGCUGCCAAGCAAAUAAACCCAAGGCAGCCUGCUGCAUACAACAUUGCACCAAGUGUAACAACUUCAUCCUUAGACAAAAUAUGGUCUACAAGGAUACGAUCAUCACUCUUUCGUCCAUCUAUACCCUUCACGUAAUCGAAGUACGUGUUCACAACAUUCCCAGCACCAUGCACUGUCACGACUGUAAACAACGUCAGUAAUAAUAUAACCCAACUGAAGUAUCCACACUUGUAUGAUAGUGCACAUCCCAAUAAGGUAGGCAUCAAAGACCCGCUUAAGGACCAAGGCCUUAGUGCCAAAACAUACGAUGACAGUUUCAUAAACUUCGGUUUGGCAGUAACUGUGUGGUUUGCCUCUUGAUGGCGAAUAUUGUUGGUUUCUUCUGUCCCCAUAUCUUCAAAAAUGAUGUACCUACAAGUAAAAUAAGUGAUUAACAAUAAUGGGUACAAAAACCUCAAGUGUUGCUUUUACGUCACCAAUAAUUUCCAUUCAAACUUACGUUCAUUUAAUAAUAUCGACAAUGGUUUUACAGAAUUCUGCCUCUAUCCGCGCUCAACAUAACCAUUGGAUAAGGUUAGAAUUCGCUUUCGGGAAACCAAUACAUGACAGUAUGCCAAUAAAAUGAUAAAUUGCUCACUACCUCAGAAGCUCUAUUUUAGAGCGAAAUAAAGCUUAGCAGAAAUAGGUAUUUAGUGUUUCCUGCUAUUCCAUGACACUCGGCAUUUGCCUUCAAUUUACAGAACACAUUGGUGACGUGUUUGUUUGUAACCUACAACAGCUAACAACAAUCUGUGUUUGAUCAUGAAAAGAAAUACGUUUACGUAGUGCUUUAAUGACCUCUACAAUUGUUUAUAAAACUGCCUCGAUUUUAUUUUAGGUAAAAAUCGCCUAAAUAUUGCAACACUAUCUUUGACAUAUCAAGCAUCUAUGACGCUAAAGUGAACAUCUCGACACGAGUAAGCUCUGACGCAUUCUAGAGAAAUCGUCAGUACGAAGUUUCGAUCAGUCGAACAACGAACGACUUAGUGUGUCUGUGUGGGCGAGAGAAUUUUCCUUCAACCAAGUGAAUUUUUGUCAGUUUAUAAAGUGAAAUUUCGGUGCGAUGUCGCUUUUUGGAUCGCUGAUGGGGGAUUUUGAGGAGGACCCUUUCUUUGGAGCACACAUGCGGUCCAUGCGUCAGAUGAAUGACAUGAUGAAUUCAAUGUUCUCGAAUCCAUUCGGAAUGUUGGGAGGUAUGGGUUUUCCAGCUCUAGAAGGCCCACGUUCUCAGAACUCUCCUGCAAGCAGGGGGUGUCAAGAUUUGAUGCCAUUUGGAUUUCCAAACAUGAACAGCAUAUUCCAGAAUUUUGAGCACAUGGCCAACAAUCCGAACUGUCAUUCAUUCAGCAGCAGUACAGUCAUGACAAUGAGCAGUGGACCAGAUGGAAAGCCGCAGGUAUACCAGGCAUCAUCGUCAACACGCACUGCACCUGGUGGCAUCAAGGAAGUGAAGAAGACUGUUUGUGAUUCUCGUUCAGGAACAAAGAAAAUGGCUGUUGGACAUCAUAUUGGUGAACGUGCACACUAUCUGGAACGUGAACAGAAUUUGUACUCUGGGGAGCAGGAGGAAAGGCAGGAUUUCAUUAACCUUGAUGAAGAUGAAGCAGAGGAGUUUAACAAAGAAUUUGAACAGAAAGCCCGCAACACAGUGGGAUCAAUAAAUUAUCCCUCAGCCCAUCUUCCCUCUAGAAGGCACCGUGAUAUGCUUGCUCUUCCUAGCAGCAGUUCUCGCAUCAAGAAUCGUCCCUAUCACAGUAAUAAUCACAGGAACUAUCCAGCGCUGCCAUCUCCAUCUCGCAUACACUCAAAGGAACGUUCCCGGAAGCGAGAUCAUGAACCUGAAUCCCUAUUGGAGAGGAGCAACAAAUCUCUGAAGUCCUCCAGCAGCACUUCCAACGAGAACCCUUAGUCACCUAAAUUCUUCAUGGCUGUAUUUACUACUACUUCUGUUUUACAAGUUAGAACUGUUGUUCCCCUUAUGAUUGGAGGCUGUAUACCAUCUUCAGGGAUUAGUGUAUGUGUGUAUUGUAUUAUUCAAUGUCUAGACAUUAGUCUUAAAAUGUAUUACAAAAUCACUUUGCUGUUUAAGAGAAUCUUUCCUUGUCCUAUGUUUCCCUAGAAUUUGUGCUACCCCACUUCCUUUUCAAAAGUAUGUUUAUGGAUCUUCAGCACAGUACAUGAACAAAAUGUGCUUUCAGUUACUAUUGUAUUAUAUAAAGGCUAGCAUGUUUCCAAAUAUAUAUAGGAACUGUCCAUAUGGCAUGCAGUUUUAAUUUGUUGAUAAAAUGUCAGUUUUUAAUAUUUAGCAGCUCAUAGACGUUGGUACUAAGCAAACAUUCUAAAUUGCCGUCAUUAUUGUAACAGUGAUACAUAACUAUUAUUCACCAAGGUUGUAUUAUUCCCCUUAAGGUUUUGUGUGUGUGCGCGUGUAUGCAAGUUGUUAUAUGAUUAAAAUAAAGUUCGGCUGAAUUUGA